UACUCACCAAUAAGCUUUCAUCUUACUUAACACAGCACGUGAUCUUAUGAUUUGUUUGGGUGUAUGUCAGUGGAAGUGUUUGUGUUUUCAAGAGACUCAAACUGAGUUAUUAUGGUUUUAUCUUUUGGAUCUCCAAGUGUUGUGCUUUGUGCAUUAGUCAGAAUUAUUUUGCACGUAACUGCUUUAUAAAAAAAGAAAUACUUUUUGAAGCCUGGUCUGAAGUGAGAUGGGACCGAAGCAGAGCAGUCCAGCAGCCGCGGGUGUCCGGGUCCGGGCUUACUCCAGUUCUGAUGUGCCGAGCAGCUCCGGUUCGGCGGCGGUUCUCCGGUACUACGCGGGCGGCUCGGCGGGGCAAAUCGGUGAACGGGUCCAUUCAUCAGAAUAUUCAUCAGACCGACCCGGUUCAUUCAUCCAGAGCGCGAUCAUACCGACCAGCGGCCGGAGAGAUGAGACAGACGGGGAAAGAGCACUGUUGAUCGGAUCUUUACCUGCGCACCUGUCACCUCACCUGCUGGGCGUUGGAUUUCACUGUCUUGUCUGCUCAAAGUUUGUCUGCUCGGAUGAAAUCGACGUUCAUUUGCUGAUGUGUUUCUCCAAACCCAGACUUAAUUAUAAUGAGGACAUUUUGUCCCAGGACUCUGGUGAAUGCUCAGUAUGCCUGGAUGACAUGGUCCAGGGAGACACUAUUGCUCGGCUGCCCUGUCUCUGCAUCUACCACAAAGGGUGCAUUGAUGAAUGGUUUGAGGUUAACAGGUCAUGUCCAGAACACCCUACAGAUUAACUUGAUGUCUCCAAACACAUGGGUUAUGUUGUAAAAGGUACUUUUUCCAGUAAAGGGACCCUUUAAGACCAGCAGAAAAGGCAUCAGGAUAGUAUAUUUCUCCAGGAUCUGACUGGUUUUGAGAAUUGAAUGGAUCUAAAAUCCCCGCUGUGCUGAAUCUAAAGAAAAGCAUGCAUGUACUCUGCAAAAUUCUGCAAACAGACCUGAAGACUGUUUAAUGGUACUCUUUUCAACAUCAUUACCCAUGAGUCUAUCUGGAGAUCAGGUGGUAAACUAUAGUUUUACUGCUUCAUGUUUGACAGUCACAAGAUGGCAUACAUUUUCCCCAACAGAGCAUUUUGCCGAACUGUUCUAAACCAAGGAAAGACUUUGUGGCCAUGUCGUAAAAGCAAUGACAUAUGUAAAUAAAUUAUAUUAUAAACUCAGAACAACAGUGAGUAGAAGAAUGUAGAGUUGAUUUUCUGUACACUUCGAUUUUUGAAAUAGCAGGAUUGAUGCUUCCAGUUCAGUAAAAAAAGAUGAAUCUUAGAUUAUUUUGUUAUGAUUAGAUAUUUAGUAUUAGAUAUUUUUCCAAAUGUAUUCAAGAUAACUUUUUGUGGAAUUCUGACAAGUGCAAAUAUUUGUUUUUCUCCAAAUGUGCUGCUAUGUACUGUAUAUAACCAUGAAGAACAAAAUAAUUUAUAACGGAAGAAAUUUACGUGCCCACUCAAAUCUGUGCAAAAGUAAAUCCAUUUAAUUUAAUUUAAAAUGGUUCUUUGGUUUACCUUAAUAUAAUGCUUUGUGCCCAUGCAGAGGACUACUAGACUGUUCAACCAAUCUCACAAUUGAGUGUCAAUCAAUAACCAGACAUGUGCACACACACAAUAAAUACAUUACAUGUGUACAUAAAACAUUACAUGUACCAAACUGAAAUAAAAUAACACCAAGUUACUGAAAUG